CGGCCCGCUCCUCCCACGGCACCCCCCGCUGGGCUCCCUGACCCUCAGCUGUGCGAGCUCCGCGAAGCCCACCUCGGGCCGGCGUCACUGGGCGUGGGAUUCACGGUCUCUGGUCGGGGACAACCAGCCAGUAUUCCCCAGGUUUCCUUGGCCACUUGGCGCCUCUCUUGUGUCGCCAGCACAGCCUUCACCUGAGUGAGUUCCAGUGCAAGUUUCUACCUGACUAGGCCUCCCUCUGGUCAGGGGCUUUGUAAGCAUUGUCUGGAUCAGCCAGGCAGGCCCCAUACUGUAGAGUACGAUUUAGCUGACAGCCUCUUCCACUGUGACUUCCCCUUCACUGUGUCCUGCUUGGUGGGCUUCAGAGCCAUGGCCACGGAGGAGAAGAAGCCAGAGACAGAGGCUGCAAGAGCACAGCCCACCCCUUCCUCAUCAGCCACACAGAGCAAGCCCACACCUGUUAAGCCAAACUAUGCUCUGAAGUUCACCCUGGCUGGCCACACAAAGGCUGUAUCCUCUGUCAAGUUCAGCCCCAAUGGGGAGUGGCUGGCAAGUUCAUCUGCUGAUAAACUCAUUAAAAUAUGGGGAGCAUAUGACGGAAAGUUCGAGAAAACCAUAUCCGGUCACAAGCUGGGAAUAUCUGAUGUAGCUUGGUCGUCAGAUUCUAACCUCCUCGUGUCUGCCUCUGAUGAUAAAACGUUGAAGAUAUGGGACGUGAGUUCUGGAAAGUGUCUGAAGACCCUGAAGGGCCACAGUAACUAUGUCUUCUGCUGCAACUUCAACCCCCAGUCCAACCUCAUCGUCUCAGGGUCUUUUGAUGAAAGUGUGAGGAUAUGGGACGUGAAGACAGGGAAGUGCCUCAAGACUUUGCCUGCCCAUUCGGACCCAGUCUCAGCCGUUCAUUUUAACCGUGAUGGAUCGUUGAUCGUUUCCAGUAGCUACGAUGGCCUCUGCCGCAUCUGGGACACUGCCUCUGGCCAGUGUCUGAAGACGCUCAUAGAUGAUGACAAUCCUCCAGUGUCCUUCGUGAAGUUCUCUCCAAAUGGCAAAUACAUCCUGGCUGCAACUUUGGACAACACGCUGAAGCUGUGGGACUACAGCAAGGGGAAGUGCCUGAAGACGUACACUGGCCACAAGAAUGAGAAGUACUGCAUAUUUGCCAACUUCUCCGUGACAGGUGGGAAGUGGAUCGUGUCUGGUUCUGAAGAUAACCUGGUGUAUAUCUGGAAUCUGCAAACCAAGGAGAUUGUGCAGAAGUUGCAGGGUCACACAGACGUCGUGAUUUCCACGGCUUGUCACCCGACGGAGAACAUCAUUGCCUCGGCAGCGUUAGAGAAUGACAAAACAAUCAAACUGUGGAAGAGUGACUGCUAAGUCCUGGCUCCAUAACGACUUCAGGAAGCCGCCUGGAUUGGCAAGAAACACAUGUGGGGCAGAGGUGUGGGGCCAGGCUAGGUGACAGGCCUGGUGCACCUCCUCUCUGAAGAUGUCGGGUCAGGGGAGUGCACACUACCGAGUCUUGAUAGCCACUGUGACAUUUCUUGCCAAUUCUGUCCCUGCCUGGGGAGUUCCUGGUCUGUUCUGUGCUCAGAGGCAGCAGAUUUUUAAUUUUUUAUUACAAGAGUGAGUUCAACUCGUCAUGGGUUGUUUUCCCCAGUAAUUGUUCUGUAUCUUUUUGGUAUUGUAUUGCCCAGUGUACACUGGAGCAGGACCUGUAGCCCCAUUCCCGUUCCCUGCCUCCAGCCUUGGCCUGCUUGUUCACGUUCCCUUCCUGUAAUAGUACCCAAUGUGUUUCCAGGACUUUCUGGAAACAUAGAAAGGUUGUAAGUUGUAUCUGCGUCAAGUCCCUUUGUAUUUUCGGAGUUGAUAGGUCAACACUGACCUCUCAGUGGUUGCACAGUGUCCUCUUGUCACUGGUGUCACUCAGUAAGCUACACACACUGUAAUAAAAGGUGGGUUUGGACCCUCUGUGGCCCUGAGUUCAGACGGGAGCUCAUCUGCACCUGGCUUUUAGAAAAUUCCCCCAGGGCAGGGGUUGGAAAGAUCUCUGGGAACAUGGAUCCUUGCUGUGCCUCUUCUUUCCCAAUGGCUUCUGUGGGCACUGAGUGUUUGAGAGGAAGACCUUCAGUUGAAAAAGAGUGGAAAUCUUGGACAGGCAUCAUGUGGGGUGGUUCUGGUCCUCCAUCGUGGGUGAGGCUCAAGGUCACCUCUGCAGGAGGGAGGGGCUCAUUGUGGUGCUUAUCCCAGCAAGUACAGCCUUCUCCCUUGGCCACUAAACCCACCAGCCACACAGUCCCUGCCCCAAAUGGAUCCUCUAUUCCCUGGCUUCUGUGUGACCAAGAUUAGGAAGAGGUGAUGGCCAGGCUCAGAGCUGCACGGCAUUUUAACAGCUGCUGGCUAUACCCAGGAUGGCCUGCCAUGGUAACAGAGCACAGAGGCUCUGGAUAUUUCUGGUCCAGAUGGUUGGGUGAGGCUGCUAGGCACAGGCAUUGCUCUGGAGAGGUUCUGGGUUUGCUCUGGCUGCCACAGCCUGCAUAACCAACAGGUCUCUAUGAACCCAGGUUGUCCUGGUCUGUGGUUGCUCUGCUUUGACUUUGCUGAGGACCUGUCCUCAGCUCAUGGUCUAGACAGCCCUUUGUUGGCCACUCUAUCCUGGCAAGAAUCCUAAAAGAUGUUGGAAAAGGUACUUCCUACACACUCCUGUGCCCUGCUUUUGGGAGACGAUAUGCACAUGGGAUUAAAGAGGGUGGCUUGUCACUGACAUGGGUCCUGGGGCCUGUGGCAUCUAUUGGAUAGAUGUGCCUGGGUUCUGGUCAGCAUUGUGGGCAUGUUGCUGUGGGGUUUCUGGAGGGGUGUUGAGGUCCUUCCAACUGUGGCCUGGUGUGCAGCCCCCUCCUGAGGGAGGGAGCUUGCUUGCCAUGCUGAGCACAGUAUCCCCAAGUAUAGUUUAUUUUUUCUACAGUUGAACUCUGUUGUAGAUUUAUGUAAAAAUACAUUCUCUUUUUGGAAAUAAAAGAUUUUCAUGUCUUGUAA